CCCUGUUGUCCGGGGGAGGACGCGGCGCUCCGUGUGGUCCUCCGCUUUGGCAGACUGAACAUGACCCCGACGAUAGCCUUUCCCCAUUGGCAUCUGCACUUUGCCACCGCGUAUUCCGUAUAUUAAGCUUCCCCCCGCCAAGUCUGUUUACCUUCCAUGUUUACUCUCUUUGCUUACUUUCCCUGCAUCCUCGACCGGUCAAGCUGUACCGUGAACUCAGAAAGCAGCACAAACAAAACGACCAGUACACACCAUGGCGGGAUUUUUCUCGAAGACCCGCGACGAUGAGAAGCGCACCGAAUCCCCCGCGCAAGAACUCCCCGCCGUCGAGUACAGCGGCGAAGAAGGAACCGUCGACGAUGUGGAGGAUGAUCUGCAUCGCGGAAUGAAACCCAGGCAACUAAAUAUGAUGGCCAUUGCCGGCGCGAUAGGGACGGGCCUCGUCAUUGGCACGGGCACGGCACUUAAAUUCGGCCCCGGGUCGCUGCUAAUCGGGUACGCCCUCAUGGGCUUCACCGUCUAUGUGGUCAUGGUCGCGCUCGGCGAGAUGGGCGCGUGGUUACCGCACAAGAAGAGCUUCUCGGGAUACGCCUCACGCUUCGUUGAUCCUGCCAUGGGCUUCGCGACUGGCUGGAACUACUUUUUCAAAUACGUCGUUUUGUUGCCGAACAACUUGACGGCAACGGGCAUUCUCCUGCAGUACUGGCUGCCAAAUCUCAACGUGUCGGUCUGGAUCGUCGUCUUUGGUGUUGCGAUCAUCACCCUCAACUUGAUCCAUGUCUCCUUUUUUGGUGAAGCCGAGUUCUGGAUGUCGCUGAUCAAGGCACUCGUCAUCUUGAUGCUCAUUCUACUUUGCUUCAUCAUCGCGCUCGGUGGGGGGCCCAAUGGCGUUCGCACAGGCUUCUACUUCUGGCAGAAUCCCGGUGCCUUUGCCCAGUACACGGUUACCAUCAAGGGUCAUACUACCGUCAUCCAGGGUGAUACCGGUCGCUUCCUAGGCGUCUGGGCCUGCAUCGUCCAGGCCACGUUUGCUUACCUCGGCACUGAACUUAUCGGCGUGGCCUUUGGCGAGACACCCAACCCGCGCAAGAACGUUCCCCGAGCCGUCAACCAGACCCUCUCCCGGAUCGUCUUCUUCUACAUCGCCGGCGUGCUGGUGCUCGGCAUGGCGGUCCCGUACAACAGCCCCCAGCUCAUUGAGGCUACCCGCAAAGGCACAAGCGCAUUGGCAUCACCAUUCGUCGUCGCCGCUAGCGUCGCAGGCGUCAACAAACUCGCCGACGCCGUCAACGGCUUGCUCUUGAUCUUCACCAUUUCGGCCGCGAACUCCGACAUUUACCUCGCGUCGCGCACGGUCUGGGCGCUGGGCAAGGACGGUCAGGCUCCACAGAUGAUGCAGCGUACCAAUAAGCACGGCGUGCCCGUUCCCGCGGUCGCCCUGUCAUCCAUCUUCAUCGCGCUGGGCUUCAUGAAUGCCACCAAGUCAGCGGCGACCGUCUUCGGCUACUUCGUCUCGCUGGUGACCGUGUUUGGCGCGCUGAACUGGAUCGCCGUGCUAGUCAGCUACAUCGCCAUGAUCCGCGCUAUGAAGGUGCAGGGCGUCAAGCGUGAGGUCAUGCCCUAUCGGAACAUCUUGUUGCCGUGGGGGGCCUAUAUUGCGUUGUUCAUUACGGCGAUUGUCAUCCUUUUCAACGGCUACUCGGCGUUUAUCCCGCACUUUCAGGUGGACAAGUUCUUGACCAGCUACAUUGGGAUUCCGGUUUAUGUCAUCAACAUUCUGUGGUGGAAGCUGUUCAAGAAGACGAAGCGGGUUAGACCUGAGGAAGCGGACUUGGUUACUGGAAGGAGGUCAUUUUAAACACGGCGCUACGGUUGGUCUGGUUGGAUAUGGGAUCAUGAGGUUCGGAUUUUGAGCGAGGAGUUCACGGUAUAUUCCAUGGGCGGCAUUGUAUACCUCUCAGUCAAGUGACCAAAUAGAGCACCUAACCCUAGGGAGCUGUGUUGUGAAUGACGUAGUUG